AUGGCUGACAUCGAGGCCUCGCGGCCAACAUCCACGGAAGGGCACCUUCACGACCAGGACAAGGGGUACGAGACAACGAAAGUCAGGCCUGAAAAUGGAAUAUCAAAAACCAGCAGCAAGUUCCACAAGCUGCUACGCCUGGGCCGAGUCGAGGAGCACGGUAUCGAGCCGAUCCCCCUCGCGGAACGAACGUCUACUCGCUACCUCAACGCCUUCACCGUCUGGUUUUCAAUGAAUGCCAACAUUCUUCCUAUCACAUUCGGAAUGCUGGGGCCGUCGCUGUUCGGCCUGAACCUCCGCGACUCCUCGCUUGUAAUCCUCUUCUUCACACUGCUCUCGACCUUGGCCCCGGCUUUCCUUGCCACUUUGGGGCCCAAGACUGGGAUGCGCUCAAUGAUUCAGGCGCGAUUUAGCUUUGGGCGCUAUCUGGUAUCCGUGCCAGUGGCUCUAAACUUGGCCACCCUGACGGGCUUCUGCGUCAUCAUAUGUGUUGUUGGCGGCCAGUGCCUCUCGGCCGUCACAAAGGGUGCCCUCAGCCCUGAUUUGGGCAUCGUACUCAUUGCUCUUCUGUCCCUUUUGAUCUCGUUUUGUGGGUUCAGGGUUUUACAUUUCUACGAGACAUAUGCCUUCAUCCCAGCAGUGAUUGCCAUAGUCAUCGCCACUGCAUGUGGCGGCUCGAGACUCAAGGAACAGGCUGAGAUGCUCCCCGCAACGGCACCGGCAGUCUUGAGCUUCGGCAUGAUUGUUGCAUCUUACAUGAUCCCUUGGGCCUGUAUUGCCUCAGACCUUACAACCUACUUUGACCCAAGAGUCCGCGGUGCUUCGUAUCGCGUGUUUGCGUAUAGCUAUCUCGGUUUAAUCUCGCCCACCAUCCUUCUCAUGACACUCGGUAGUGCAAUUGCUGGUGCCAUAGCCAAUGUUCCCGAAUGGCAAGACGGCUACGAUACGACGCUUGUUGGCGGUGUCUUGGCUGCCAUGCUGUCGCCCGCUGGUGGUUUUGGCAAGUUUGUUGUCGUCAUCCUCGCAUUCACCCUUCUCGGUAACGUUUCUGGUACGAUGUAUGCCAUCACACUCAACUUCCAGACCUUGGUUCCUUGGCUGGUUCGGGUUCCUCGCUACGUUUUCUCCAUCGUCGUCACAGCCAUCAUGAUCCCGGUUGCCAUCAAGGCCGCCGAUGACUUUUUCCUCAACUUGGAAAACUUUGUGGCCUUGAUCGGGUACUGGUCAGCCUCCUUCGUUGGUAUUGUCUUGGUCGAGCACUUUGUUUUCCGUAGGGGAGAUGCAAAGCUUUACGACCACCACAUCUGGAACAAGGCCUCUUGUCUUCCCAGUGGUGCGGCAGCCCUCGGAUCGGGUAUGUUGAGUUUUGCCCUCGUCAUUCCCUGCAUGGCCCAGGCUUGGUGA